GCACGCCAGGCGGACACACCACUCCAUCCUUUACCUCCCACGGUCGGGUUGGACAGGAGAGCAGCGCAACUGGACCUGUCGACAGUGUCAUUCCAGGGUCUUAGCUGAACUUUACUACUAGAAAUCGGGAUAUUAAUUGCUCUGCAAAGUCUGUAUCUGUUACCAUCUCCAAACAAUUAUAAUUUAUUAUUUUAACUCUUGAGUUGGAAUCGCCAUGUCUGAAGUGCUGCCAUACAAUGAGGGGAAGAUGAACGGCUACGGGGCGGACAGUGAAGUCAGUCAGAUAUCCUUCAGCUGUCGACUGCAAGACACGAACUCGUUCUUCGGAACCUCGCAGUCCAAGCGACCGCCGAAACUCGGGCAGAUCGGCAGAGCAAAACACGUGGUCAUUGAAGAUGACCGAAUAGAUGAAGUUCUCAAAGGGAUGACAGACAAGUCAUCUCCAGGCGUGUAAACUUGAACGAUUACACCAAGUCAACCUUUUCUUUUAAUCACCGGUUUGAACCACUUGUAGACUGUGCAUGUGAACAGUGAACAAGAGGUGAAGAUGACGGUAGUACGAGUAAACAGGACAGGAGGAAGAGGAGCGAAUGAGUGUAACUCUGAUCUGUGGGUUGUAAUGGCGAGAUUUGAAGAUGCAGGCAAUUCUCCAAGUGAAACCCAUCCCAAACCGCCGCUUUAUAACUAAAGUUAACCCAAGAUUCCUGGUCAUUUAGCUCCUUGUUUUGUAGAAGCCGUGUGUCUGGCUCUGACUUUUCACCACGACAAACAGAAGCCCCGUUUCAUCGGCAUCUCACCCAGAUAUAAAGGGGAGCUGUCCAAUUCAGCACCUGAAGUACCACUUGACUGCUUCUAGCGUCUAGUUUGCCAUCUUUCCAGAGAAAUAAGCUAUAUUUAUAUCUUGAAUAGAAAUAGGCUGAUGUAUGUAAACGAGCACAUCUAAAUCCAUUCCAUUUACAACCAUUGGCUGAUCAAAUGAAGUUGUAUUGCCCUACGCUAAACGCCAGCGAGAAGAAACACAUGGACUGAUGGUAGCAAAGGUUUGGCGUCGGGUAUAGAUUCAUAGGAUUCUCUUUGCAUGAACUUUUCUCUUGUGCCAUUGCGGGUGUUUCCACCUCUCUUAAAACCCAGGCACGCUUCUUUUUACCAAGAUCAAUAUUUGUAUUUUUUAUAGGCCAUCUCGAUAUUUGUUACUCAGUGUCCGAUUUUUAAUAGUCCAUCAACAAAGACAGUCUAUGUGUCGAAACAGGAAUAAAACAAUAUCAGAAAAGGACAAACUGAAUGUUAUUUUGGAGAGAGGGUGCGCACAGCAACAUUAACAUGUUUUUCAUUGCAAUAAAUGAUCACGCCUUCGUUGACAAUGAAAAGGUUAGACAUUUUCAACUGCACUUUUUGAGCAUCUCAGUUGUUAAUUAAUUUAUUUGUCUUUGUAUUAUUUUACAAAUGUUCAGUGUGUGGUUUAUUGUGCAUGACACCUUAAUAUUUUCAUGCUUAUGAACAAUUUAUGAAGCAAAAAAAUGUACAUAAAUGUCUUAAAAUUCUACGAAUUAUGUGAAUAAAUAAAUGAAU